AUGGGCAAGUUGAAAGAUCUCCAAACAUUUGAAGGUGAGUUUGUCUUGAGCAAAGAUGCCGGGGGAAACAUUGAUGAGUUAAAGGGGUUUCAGCAUUUGAGUGGAAAUCUUCAUGUGUCAGGGCUUCAAAAUAUCAAACGUGCUGAGGAUGCUUUGGAGGCCAAACUAAGGGACAAGAGGCUUAGUGACAUACGUUUGAAAUGGGAAGGUGACACUAUCGAUUCUGAAAACGAUAGCCGAGUGCUAGGCAACCUACAGCCCAAUACAAACCUAAAAGUACUGGCUAUAGAAGGAUACGGAGGUACAAAGUUUCCAGGUUGGUUAGGAGAUGAGUCUUUCUCUAACCUCGUCACUAUCCGACUUGAGACUUGUGGAUAUUGUUUCUCCUUGCCAGCAUUGGGGCAGUUACCCUCCCUCAAAAGGCUUGAAAUUGAUGGGUUAAAUGGAGUGGAAUCAGUGGGGUCUGAGUUUUAUGGGGGAAUUAAACCUGCAUUUAAAUCUCUGUUGUUUCUGAGUUUCCGCAAUAUGCGGGAAUGGCAAGAGUGGUGUUUCCCUGGAGGUGAAGAAGAAGGCGGACAUUUUCCUAAUCUUUGCGAGCUUAGUCUGGAGAACUGUCCCAAACUAACGGGGAAAAUACCGUUAUACUACUUCCCAAGACUUGAGCAGGUACGUUUGGAGGAAGUUAAUAUCGAAUCCCUUGCUUGUUCGCAAGAAUGCAAUAAAUUCAAUAUUGAACUCCCAUCCCUCCGUGAGUUGAAAAUAUCAGAUUGCCCGAAUCUGGUAUGUUUUGUGGGUGGUGGAGUGCUGCUUGCGCCCAACUUGGAGGAGAUAACUAUUUGCCAUUUUAAGAACUUGUGGUCAGUGCCCGAAGAUAUGCAAAUCUCGCUCCCAUCUCUUCCGUCUCUGUCCAUACAAGGGUGUAAAGAAUUUAAAUCAUUUCCGGAAGAAUCUAAAUUCCCAUCCCUCGUUGUUUUGAAGAUACAGGGAUGCCCAGAAUUUGUGGGUUUCCCCCAUGGAGGAGGACUGCAAGCGCCCAACUUGAAGGAGAUGGAAAUCAAAGAAUGUAACAAAUUCAGGUCACUGCCAGAGGAGAUGCAAAUCUCUCUCCCAUCUCUCGAGUCUCUGUGUAUAAGGGAUUGUCCAGAAUUGGAAUCAUUUUCGGAAGGGGGAUUGCCGUCUAAAUUGCGUUUUCUCAGUAUCUGGAGUUGUAAAGAACUGAUGGCAAACCGUAUGCGGUGGGGUCUACAAACACUCACCUCUCUCAAAUACUUGGAUGUCAGCUUCAGAGGAUGUGAAGAUGAAGAAAUUGGCGAAUCAUUUCCAGAAGAGGGGCUGCUGCCAACCACUCUCACUUCUCUCGGAAUCUACAAUCAUCCGAAUCUGAAAAACCAUUGA